UCCAGGAACACAUCGAGGAGGGGCCAGAGGUCCGCGUCGCUCGUGGCCUCUUUUGGUGCCUGGGAUUGGGUCCCGGGGCAGCAUGGGCAGGGCUGUCCAAGCUCUCCUCCCUUCUGUAGAAAACCAGGGUGCCGGGUCCGUGCUCGCUACUGCAGAAGGCAUCCGCAGGGCUCCGGGUCCGACCGUCGGGCUUCGGGUGCUGGUCCACCGCUCCAGCUGCCGCACCUUCCCGCCGAUGUCCCGGCCACCGCGAGCGCGGGCGGCGCCAGAGGGUAGGGCCCGGGGCUGCGUGGUGCCCGCCACCGCGCUCCUGCUGCUCGCCUACCUGGCAUACCUGGCGCUGGGCACCAGCGUGUUCUGGGCGCUGGAGGGCCCCGCGGCGCAGGAGUCGGACCUCAACUUCCAGCGUGACAAAUGGGCACUGCUGCAGAACUUCACUUGCCUGGACGGCCCGGCGCUGGACUCACUGAUCCGGAAUAUCAUCCAAGCGUACAAGAAUGGAGCUCACCUCUUCAGCAACACCACCAGCAUGGGGCGUUGGGAGCUUGUGGGCUCCUUCUUCUUUUCCGUGUCCACCAUCACCACCAUCGGCUACGGCAACCUGAACCCCCAGACCAUGGCUGCACGCCUCUUCUGCAUCUUCUUCGCUCUCGUGGGGAUCCCACUCAACCUGGUGGUGCUCAACCGCCUGGGGCACCUCAUGCAGCAGGGUGUGCACCGCUACGCCCUCAGGAUGGGGGGAGCCUGGCAGGACCCGGCCAAGGCGCGCUGGCUGGCGGGUUCCAGCACCCUGCUCUCGGGCCUCCUGCUCUUCCUGCUGUUGCCCCCACUGCUCUUCUCACACAUGGAGGGCUGGAGCUACGUGGAGGGCUUCUAUUUUGCCUUCAUCACCCUCAGCACCGUGGGCUUCGGUGACUACGUGAUCGAGAUGAACCCUUCCAGGAGGUACCCACUGUGGUACAAGAACAUGGUGUCCCUGUGGAUCCUCUUUGGGAUGGCAUGGCUAGCCCUAAUCAUUAAACUCGUCCUCUCGCUGCUGGAGACCCCAGGGGGUGCGUGUUCCUGCUACCUCCCCUGCUACCACCGCCACUUCAAACGGGGCUUCAAGGACUGCAGCAGGAGGCAGAGCCCAGGGGCUGAGCCCCAGUCCUACAGCCCACAGCCAUGCUGCUGCCCGGACAGGGCUGUGGGCCUUACAGAGCACCUGGGUGCCUCCACUCUGACAGCGGGCUGCAACAAGGUCAGUUAGCACAACCCUUCCUGCGUCCACCUUCCUGCUCGAUAUCAAGACCCCUGACCUGGAGGUCGCCCUGUGACCACCCAAGCCUAAGACUACAGUUUCUAGGUGCAGCUUUGUGAUUUAAUUCUACCCAAUAGGAUACAUGGAGACGUAUCCUUAUGGGGUGAGACUUUUGGGAUGGGAGAUUCCCCUUUCCCCCACUCCAACUGGCUGGAAUGCUGACACAGUGGCUGGAGCUCUGGCAGCCAUAUGACAUCAUAAGACAGAAGCCAUAUUUCAGAGGGGCAGCACAGUAAGACAGCAAGAGCCUGGAUUCCUGAGGGUCACACAGCCAUCAUAGCAAACCUGGACUGAAACGCACCGCGGUCUUCAUCCAUGUCGGAGCGAAAUAAACAUCUGA